GUGGGAGGGAGGGGGUCAUGUCGGUAAUUCUCUGGUCUUGUGUGAUCAGUCUUCACAUAGAGUGUUUACGAACAACACACAAUCUAAUAAUUAACAAUAGUGUUCGAACUCUAGUUUAAACUAACAUGUGCUCUACCCUCAGCUUCGGGUGAAUCGCCUAAUUCAUGGACAAGGAGCAACCAAAACACUGAGAUCAUGAGGCGACGAGUCUUCUCUUGGAUUUUCAUCUGGACUUCUUUACGACUGGGACAGAGCGAGCAACUCGCUAGUAAUUUCACUCCGACUAAUGAUCAGAAAGAUAUGAGAGGACUUUUCUCCCCGCGGAUGGACUACGACCAGUGGAAGCCUCUAGGUCGAGGAGACCCAUUAAAAAAUGACCCAACCUACGACUACGUACCACCGGUCCUUGACCAGGUCCACUAUUGGAUCGAUCCGGCGUUGCGCAAACCGGACCCGCCUUUACCUGGAGAAAACCAAAAAACCGAAAUUCUCCUUUUGGGAGUUUCCUCGAAGAAACCGAGCACCGGGACUUCAAUCGCCGACUCCCGAAACGACAAUUUCGAUUCCUUCCUCAAAUUUGUAGACGGUCCGAAAUUCACCAGUCAGAGAAACACACGACCUCACUAUCCCAUGGGAUCAUCUUACUUCCCUCCCAAUUUCUACUCAAAAAACAAAAACAACUUUUCGAAAAAUUCCGAUCAAAGGAUGCCUUACACUAUACUAAUGCCACCACCCAUGAUUACAAAAAAACCAACAAUUUCUUCACCCAGCCCAACACAACUGACCACAACCGACUCGACCACAACCCCGGUUACAACCGCGGCUAAAACCGAACAAGUCACAGUUCAAGCAGCAAAUUUAGUGUAUCACUCUAGUAGUAUAGGUGACUGGAAAACUGAAACUUCCACUAACCUAACUCCAAAUCCGGCCACGAAUCGGUUAAAGCCGUUCAAAGAGGAAAUUGUCUUCCAGAAACACUUCCAACUUCCUGAGAGCUACAUCCAGAUCCAGUUUGCCCCUAAGAGACACAACCAGACACUAGUGGCGGCAAGUAGUGACCAUAAUAUUAAUUAUGUCACGCCGCCCCCACUAGUGGAAGAAGUGAUGCACAAAGGGCAAGUCUCAGAUGACAAUUUGGACAUUUCGAACACUUAUGUUAAAAUUGGGAAAACCGAAGCUGCUCUGAUGGGUCAACCGCCACCGCCUCCACCCAUGAUGGUAUUUUCACACGUCCAGCACCCAUUGAUUACCCAGACUCCUCUCACAAUGCAGACGAUUCAAAGUAUGCAAAGUAUGCAACCCCCACCGGUCACCACAAGCCCCGUUUAUAAAAAGUCAACAAAUCCGAUUCUGGUGGCGUUGGAGAAAGAAGAAGUGACCACCGAAAGGAUUGAAAUGACCACCACCGUUCCAACGACUACUAUUACUACGUCUUUGACUACCGACCCUCUUUUCAAGCACUACAAGCAGCCCACGGAGCCUCUUCGUGGGCCCCUAUACUUGAUUAUCCAAGGCCAUUCGAAAGUAAAAACUUAUGGGCCCAGUAAACAGUUCCAUGGAAUAAGGGUACAGGAAACCAACGAGAUAUCCGAUGAUGAGGUCCGUGACAAACGUUUGUUUUUGAAGAAAGAAGAAACUAAUUCGAGGGAAGCUAGAUCAGGGAAUUUGCAGACUUUGAAACAUGUGAUUCAGACCGGAUUAGGUGCCAUUGAUUUUAGUGACGUGGAUAGAAGCGAUAAGGUGAAAGAAACAGAGUUGCACUUUGGGUAUGAAGUGGGGGAAGGGGUGACGAGGGAGACUUAUCAUAAAGGAAUCGUCGAAGAGGCUAGAAAACUCCACGAGGAGGCUUGAUUUGUGAUUUAAUGUUAUCUUUGUGCUAUAAUUUUUUAUUUAUUUUUAUUUAUAGACGUUUUUGAUUUUUUUCUAUUGUAUUUUUAAUAAAAUAUUGUGUAAGUGAA